AUGGCAGUGAAUGUGGCUGGUUUGAUAUCGGUUAUUGUGUUUUACAUUCUGAUCCUUGGAAUCGGUAUUUUUGCUGCUAGACGCUCUGCUCAUUCGUCUGCCACAGAUGUUUUGGUUGCCGGAAGAAGUAUGGGACUCAUCGUUUCUAUUUUCACAAUGACGGCAACAAUAGUCGGUGGUGCUUACAUCAAUGGAACGGCAGAAAUCAUGGCAUCAAGUGGUAUUGUUUGGGCUCAGGCUCCAGUGGCUUAUUGUAUUGCUUUCUUUAUAGGAGGAAACGUAUAUGCUCCAAAAAUGAGGAGAGCGGGCUAUCUCACAUUGUUUGAUCCUUUCCAAAUAAAAUUAGGAAAUAGAGUUGGAGCAUUGAUGUGCAUUCCUCAGUUCUGUGGAGAUUUAUUUUGGACAGCUGCUAUACUUGCAGCUUUAGGUUCAACAGUUUCUAUAAUAUUAGAUAUUGACGAGAAAAUUUCUAUAAUAAGUUCAGCUUGUGUUGCUGUGAGUUAUACUAUAUUGGGUGGAUUGUGGUCUGUAGCAUAUACAGAUGUAGUACAACUAAUUAUUAUAUUUAUAGGAUUGGUAGUGGCGGUACCAUUUGCUAUGAAUCACCCUUCUGUUGAUUUUGAACGUGUUCAGAUUUCAUGGAAAGGAGAGGUUAAGAUGUCUCAACUUGGAUCAUUUAUAGAUGUAUAUGGUUUAUUACUACUUGGUGGCAUCCCAUGGCAGGUUUAUUUUCAAAGGGUCUUGGCGUGUAAAAACCCUAAGAGAGCAAGAAUAGCAUCUUCUGUUGGAAGUAUAGCAACAUUUUUGUUUGCUAUACCAGCCGUUAUGAUGGGUGUCACUGGUUCAGCAGCAGACUGGAAUCAAACUGAAUAUACAGGAACCAUACCAAUACCACCAUCGAAGAUGAGUUACAUUCUUCCUCUAGUUCUUCAGUACCUCUGUCCACUACCUGUGUCUAUCGUCGGUAUGGGGGCUAUAUCGGCAGCAGUCAUGUCUUCAGCAGACUCGAGUAUACUAUCAACAGCAUCAGUCUUCUCUAAGAAUAUUUAUCAACAACUAUUCCGACCUAAGGCGUCGGAUAGAGAAAUAAUGUGGGUUAUCCGAAUUGCAGUAAUCUGUGCUGGUGUUUUAGGUACAGUUAUUGCUCUUAGUGCUGAAACUGUGUAUGGGUUAUAUGUGCUGUGUUCAGAUCUAAUGUAUGUUAUCCUGUUUCCCCAGUUCACAUGUGUAUUAUUUCUGGAAGUAACCAAUGGUUACGGAUGUGUUUGUGGUUAUAUGUUUAGUAUUAUACUUCGAAUCCUUGGAGGCGAACCAUUAAUAAAACUACCAGUACUGCUCAAAUUUCCCUUUUAUACAGAAGAAACUGGGCAAAACUUUCCCUUCCGAACGUUAACGAUGGUUCUUAGUUUUCUUGCAAUAAUUUCAAUAUCCCUUUUGUCCGAGUUGUUAUUUAAAAGAAACAUUUUGCCAACUAGAUGGGAUAUAUUUGGGUGUACAGAGACAAAUUUUAGAAAGCGGCUUAUAAUUCAGGAGAAGAAAACACAAGAUGAAUUAAUGCUAAAAAAGAACGAAAUGAAAAAACGCGAGGAGACGCCCGUCACUGAUGCAUUGAUCCCAACUGAUAAUAUAUGUUUACAGUCAUACAUUACAGCAAAACCUUAA